AUGAACAUUGCCUUAAGAGUCAUCCUAGUUCUGAGUUUGCUGUUUUUUGUGGACAGUUCAUCGUCUUCACCAUUGAAACAAAAAAAGACCAAAGUCCUUAUCCUUGGUGCCGGACUCUCCGGAAUCAGAGCAGCGAAGACGCUACUGGACAGAAACGUCACCGACAUUCUGAUUCUCGAGGGAGAGAACUACACGGGAGGCAGAAUACAUGCCUUGAAAUUUGCGAACUAUACGAUUGAAGCGGGAGCCAACUGGAUCCAUUUGGUAGAUGAUGACGAAACUAAACCUCAUGUAGAACGAAAAGACGCAAAAAAUAUUCGUGCAAUCACUUGCAACUACUCAGACAUUAUUGUGAGGGACGAUAAAGGCAAAGAUAUCACUGAUUUUGCAGUUCUCAAGGAGUUUAAUGAUAAAGUGGAGCACAAAAUUGAAGAUUACCAAAAUGAGAGGAGGCUAAAUAAACUUUCUGACAUGCCAGCGCGUGUUGGUUUUCAGCUGAUGGGAUGGAAAGGAAAACGACCCAUAGAAAGAGCCAUUGAAUAUCUGAAUGUGGAUUUUGAGUACGCCAAACCACCAGAAGAGUUUUCUUUCUACAAUUUGUUUGAGCGUGGAAAGGAUUUUUUCGUUACUGACGAGCGCGGAUUGUGGACGUUGUAUGAAGACCUCUACAAGCCACUAGAAAAGAAAACUUUAUUGAACAAAACUGUCACAAAAAUCAAGCUGAACCCGGAUUCGGUUGAAGCUCAGACCUCCGAUGGUUGGAGUUACCAGGCAGAUUACGCUCUUUGUACAUUCAGCUCCGGAGUUCUGGCCAGCGACUUGGUUACUUUCGAGCCAGCCCUUCCUGAUUGGAAAAAAGAGGCCAUUUAUAAAAACCCAUUAUCGAUAUACACGAAAAUUUACCUGAAAUUUCCAAAAAAGUUCUGGGAUGAUCACGAAUAUAUUCUGUACGCUUCCAAAGAGCGCGGACGUUUCCCUGUGUGGCAGGACCUGUCAAGACCUGGGAUCUUUCCCGUUUCGAGUGGGAUGUUACUGAUUACUGUGACAGGGACUCAAGGACGAAGGAUUGAGGGGCAAUCAUUUGAUGAAACAAAGGCGGAGAUCAUGGGAAUGUUGAGAGAGAUCUACGGGAAUGGCAUCCCUGAAGCGACAGAUAUCUAUUAUCGGCGAUGGUCAAAGGAGCCGCUGACGCAAGGUGCAUAUGCAGAACCAGUGGUGGGUAUGACUUCUGAAGACUGGGAGAACAUUGGAAAAAACCUGGGACGUCUGUACUUUGCUGGCGAAGCGACGAGCGAAGACUGGUGCGGCUAUAUGCAAGGUGCUUACCUGACCGGUGACAAGAAAGGGAACAUGAUCGCUGAGAACAUCUCUCCAAGUGAAUCUUCCAGAAAACCGGGAAAACCAAAGAGUGAGGCAACCCCACCAAAGUGUCUUCAGUAGGAAUCUUGUUGCUCCCUCUUUGGUUUAUAAUCAUGUGGAAGUAAAACAAUUCAUCAAGCCGGCAAGAGAUUUGUUAUUAACCUUGAUAGCCCUAGAGCAGCCCUUAUUGACUGAUAGAGUGACAUAACUGUAACUUUGAUGAAACAUUCGUGUUGCAUAGAGGAACCACUAGAUGUAGUAGUGU